AGGAGCUGGCGAGUUCCCGCCCGGUGUCACCGGGCUGCGCGCACCCGCGCUGGCGGACGGACUGACAGACUGACGGCAGCCAUCGAGCCAUGAAGUUCUGGUUCCAGAGUUGUCUCGCAUCCCGUGGCGUUGCGGAGCGGGGGCGAGCGUGGAGGAACAGUACGGUAUCAGGAUGUGCAGCACUGGAGAUCAACACCGACUUCAAUAAACCAUGUAAUGGAGGCAGUUCUGGAUCUCUGAAAGGGCUCAGAGUAUCUGCAGUAGUGAAUAUUAUCUGGUGGUGGAUGUGGACUUUAAAACAGUGUGUCUCAACAUUUCAUCCUCAACUAUCUAUUUUUAAUCUGAUUGCACUACAAAAGAAAAGCUGCUAAUGGGAUAGAUGUUGAGACUUUACGAGAACUGACUUGAAGUACCGAAAGCCAUUAUUAUUAAUCAAGAGCUUGAAGCUAAGUCUGUAUCUGACCAGUCAGUAUCAUUUUCACAUAACAGGCAUGGCAAGUAAACGAAAAUCAACAACACCGUGCAUGGUCUUAGCCAACGAGCAGGAUCCGGAUCUAGAAAUGGUGUCAGACUUGGAGGAAGGACCACCUAUACUUGCGCCAGCAGAUAACCCUACAGCAGAGAGCGUAACAAGUGAUGAGGAUGUUCAUGAGUAUGUGGAUUCAGACAAUCAGAAAAAUACAAAUAAAGUAGAAGGUGGUUACGAGUGUAAAUACUGUACUUUUCAAACUCCAGAUCUCAAUAUGUUUACUUUUCAUGUGGAUUCUGAACAUCCCAACGUAGUAUUAAAUUCAUCCUACGUUUGUGUAGAAUGCAAUUUUCUUACCAAAAGAUACGAUGCUCUCUCAGAACAUAAUUUGAAGUACCACCCUGGAGAGGAGAAUUUUAAAUUGACCAUGGUGAAACGUAAUAAUCAGACAAUCUUUGAACAAACAGUAAACGAUCUCACUUUUGAUGGGAGUUUUGUUAGAGAAGAAAACACUGAACAGGCUGACUCUUCUGAGGUCCCCUCAUCAGGGAUCUCAAUUAGCAAAACUCCUAUUAUGAAGAUGAUGAAAAACAAAACCGAGGCUAAACGUAUCGCUGUUUUCCACAAUGUAGUUGAUGACAUUCCUGGUGAAGAAAAGGGAACUGAAAAUGAGCCGAACUCUGAAGAAGUAGUAGAAAACCCACCACCGUCAGUUUCUGAGUCAAAAGUGAGCCAUUCAGUUGUUUGCAGUGCAGCAGAUGUGGCCAGUGCGGUAGUGACUCCAGCACCAGUGCUUCAGCCUGGGGUGGCACAGGUUAUAACAGCUGUUACAGCUCCACAGAACUCAAACCUGAUUCCAAAAGUCCUAAUACCUGUAAAUAGCAUUCCAGCCUAUAAUACUGCUUUGGAUAACAAUCCUCUUUUGCUUAACACCUACAACAAAUUCCCAUAUCCAACCAUGUCGGAAAUCACUGUUCUUUCCACUCAAGCUAAGUACACAGAGGAACAGAUUAAAAUAUGGUUUUCUGCGCAGCGUCUGAAGCACGGUGUGAGCUGGACGCCGGAGGAAGUGGAGGAAGCAAGGAGGAAACAAUUUAAUGGCACAGUGCAUACUGUGCCACAGACAAUUACUGUUAUUCCAGCACACAUUUCCGCUGCUAGCAAUGGUUUACCUUCAAUUUUACAGACAUGCCAAAUAGUUGGUCAGCCAGGACUUGUUCUCACUCAAGUUGCAGGUGCAAAUACGUUGCCAGUAACAGCCCCAAUAGCUUUGACUGUAGCGGGAGUCCCAAACCAAACACAGUUACAGAAGAGUCAGAUUCACACUGCUCAGCCUAUUGCAGAAACCAAACAAGUAGCUGCCGUUCCAGCCCCUCAGCCUAUCAAAAAUGAAUCCGCACUGAUAAAUCCUGACUCCUUCGGCAUCCGAGCAAAAAAAACUAAGGAACAGCUGGCAGAAUUGAAAGUCAGCUACCUUAAAAAUCAGUUUCCUCAAGAUUCAGAAAUUGUUAGACUUAUGAAAAUAACAGGCCUGACUAAAGGAGAGAUCAAAAAGUGGUUCAGCGAUACACGCUACAAUCAGAGAAACUCAAAGAAUAAUCAUGGGAUUCAUCUCAACAGUGAUUCAUGUGCCACCAUUGUUAUUGAUUCAAGUGAUGAAAUGAAUGAGUCCCCAACGGGAGUCACUCCGCAGAGCAAGUCAUCAUGGAGCACUUUUCCUGAUUUUACCCCACAGAAAUUCAAAGAGAAGACUGCUGAACAGCUGCAAGUCCUCCAAGCAAGUUUUCUUAAUAACCCUGUCCUUACUGACGAAGAGAUGAAUAGGUUAAGAGCCCAAACCAAACUGACCAGGAGAGAGAUUGAUGCCUGGUUUACAGAAAGAAGGAAAUCAAAUGUCUUGAAGGAAGAGGGAGCUGACUUGAAUGAGAGCAAUGCUGGCAGCUCAAAAGAAGAGGCUGGAGAAACAUCUGUGGGAGAUGGAGUGGCAGGAGCAAAAUCAGGGUGUUCCACUUCAAGCAAAACAGGCAAAAAAUCACCAGAGCAGUUGCACAUGCUUAAAAGUUCCUUUGUCCGUACUCAGUGGCCAUCUCCACAAGAAUACAACAAGCUGGCGGAAGAAACUGGGCUCCCAAGAUCAGAAAUUGUGAGCUGGUUUGGAGAUACUCGCUAUGCCUGGAAAAAUGGUGGAUUGAAAUGGUAUUAUUAUUACCAGAGCGCCAAUGCAAACAGUCUGAAUGGCCAAGGCUUUGCAAGAAAGAGAGGGAGAGGAAGACCAAAAGGGAGGGGGAGAGGGAGGCCUCGGGGGAGGCCUCGGGGAAGCAAGAGGUUAAAUUGCUGGGACAGAGGUAUGUCUGUCAUAAAAUUCAAAACUGGAACAGCAAUCCUGAAGGACUACUAUAUGAAGCACAAAUUCCUUAAUGAGCAAGACCUCGAUGAACUGGUAGCCAAAUCUCACAUGGGAUAUGAGCAGGUCAGAGAGUGGUUUGCAGAAAGGCAAAGAAGAUUAGAACUUGGAAUAGAGCUGUUUGAUGAGAAUGAGGAGGAAGACGAAAUGCUGGAAGAUCAGGAAGAUGAGGAAGAAACAGAUGAUAGUGAUACUUGGGAACCCCCCCGACACGUUAAGCGUAAACUUUCAAAAUCCGAUUGACAUGCAGUUUGGGAUUUGGGGGCCAGAAACCUAUGAAUUAGGUUUGAUGUUAUGGUGAAGAGCCAAAUGAUUUUUCAUGGCCUUCAGUUUAGCAAGCACCUGCUUAGCAUCUUCCUUCCACCUAAAAGAACAUGGGCAAGAUGCUACCUGUGCAGGCAACAAGUAUUUGCUUCCUUGCUACAAGAGAUGGACAUCCUCAGGCCUAGCCUAGGACAUGGGGUUACAAAUCGGAUCCAGUUCAGCUCCUCCUCUUCCACGUUACUGAUGGGAAGGUUCAUGUUCAUCAUUCACGUGACUGCUUCUCAAUACUUAAUUGCCUUAUGUUGUUUAAUUCCAAAAAAACACUGACGCAUUUUUUCGUUGAUGUAGGAGAACAUUGCCUGCUCAUGAAGGAGGAAAAUACAAAAACCUAAGAUGUCUUUUUGCAAACAUCGCUUCACCUGAAAGGUUUCAAGGCCUGGGUUUAUUUCUUAAGGAAAGAGUUCAAAACAAAAGAGAAGGGGAAAAGUGUGACAAAGGAAUCAAUGAACCUAGGGAUGCCUAUCAUGAAACUUUCCCUAAAGAAUCUGCUAGAAUGACGGAAGAUUCAAGUCUUCAUCUGGGAUACGAAAUGAUCAACCACAAGAGCUCCAUUAUGAUUUCGAAAUGUUCCCCUGUCUCCAGUUCCAGCUUACAAAAGUGUUUCCAAUUUUGCAUAGUUGGCUAUCUGCAUGUAUGCUUACAGUCUGUACAGAAAUGCACUAAAAUGAGUUGCCCUACCUGGGAAGGCUUUAUAUUGUAUAGAAGAUGUGGCACUAGGUACUGCUCUUCAUGUGCACAGGAGAGUUAACAGGUGUCGAUCUCGUUUACAGAAAUGAUGGCGCUUUGCAAUUUUCUAUAAUAUAUUGCAAUAUAUUUAAAUGUCCUGUUUGACAUGUGAAAUGAAAUUAAGUUAAUGCAUUGUUAUGUAUUUGAAGUAUGAGGAAGACGAUUCACUAACAACCAGCAAGGUUUUUAGAAGGUGUCCAGUACGUAGCCGUCUGUGUGAUCUGUCUGGUGUAUGUGAUGUUAAAGGAAGCAACAAUACUGUCACUGUUUAGAAUGAAGAGUUUCUUUUGAAUGAUGCAAUAGCUUACAGUGUCUUUCCUUUGUAGCUGCCCAAUGUGGUGAAGGGGAAGCAAUUCUUGAAAAAGUUCAAGAUAACUGGUUAACUGUGAAUGGGCCUAAUCUUUCGUGAAACCAAGAAAAUUUUUGGACACACACAGGACUUGAAUACUCAAAAGGAUUGGAACUUAGUGUUGUGCCAAAGUUAAACUACUGCAGUUGGCAGAAGUUCUGCACUGUAAAUAGAAGACUGAUUAAAAGACAGCUUGUUAAAAAAAAAAAUCAAAUUUUAAUACAGUACAUUUUUAUUCUGAUACAUGAUGGAAACAUUCUGUUUUAGACCUUUUUUGAAGAGGCUUCAGUGACCACUAGAUUUUGUCCUCUUAUAUUUUGUUUGGCCUAAUACUAUAUGUUCUAGUAAGAUGGGCUUUAUUGCCUGUGUUCUUUGAUAUGUGAUUAAGCUUAUAGCUUUGAGUGACCAAACAUUUUACAGAGUAAAAGUUCUUAGAAACAGUAUAACAUAACUGAUAUUUCUGUGUCUUAUUUAUCAGGCUCUGCACAAACUUGGAAAGUUGUGCUGGACUUGUGCAACUCAUAUAUGGGAACGCAGCAUACUUCUGGAUAUUACAAACCUAAGCCUUUGUGGCAGUACUGAUCUUGUCUUUGGAUUUAUUUUUGUUAUUUUUUUGAGGCAAAGAGACGAAUGGAUGCUGCUGUAAAAUAUUUGUAAUAUUGCCAUUAUUGCUUUCCGUAGCAAUUAUUGCUUUUGCUUCAACAGAUAAAGAAAAUAAAUCAGAGAUAGAAAAAUCCUAAAAGACGCUGGUAGAAGAAAGGAUCAUGUGGGAACUUCUGAAAAUAAACUUUGUACCAAAAAUUUGAAAACAGAAAUAAUGGAAUAAAUGUCUCCUUACUGAG